UUUAGUAAUUGAAGUAUGAUGGACCGGCAAGCACUGUACAUAAUCUUACUGUUUCUGUGUGGAACUGUUGAUGGUAACUCUGCAGUUUUUAAUCCGUGUAUACAACAAAUCGAGUUAUCACAAGAUGAAGCACACCAGGUAUUGGAGAACUGGCCAGAGACCAUAAUUGAUCGGGGGUACAAGUGCUUUCUUACAUGUGUCCUCCUGGACUUGGGGCUGAUUACUAAGUCAGGGGACCUCCAGAUCGAUAAGUAUAUGAAAUCUGGCGUUGUGGACUGGAGAUGGGUGGCAACCGACUUGGUCGUUUGUCGCAUAGAAUUCUCAGACGAAAAAGAUCUUUGUGAACUUUCAUUUGGACUUUUCAACUGUUUUCGGAGGGUAAAAAAAGAAGCUGAGGAAAAGCUUAAAAAACAUUGAAAACAUUGAAAAUAUGAGCACAGGCAGAAUUCUGACGUCCUCCCUGAAAAUUUUUUCAAUCGUUUAUUUCAACCACUUAACUAUUAUUCCAGGCGGUAGUGAAUGUUCAUUAACAAGUUGUUAAAUAUACUCAAUUUAACUUUUCUCUU